UUAUGUGUCCUAGCUUGUCCUACCUCUAUUCUGUAAAGUUGAUGUGACCUUGGCAUUUGAGUUGCAGAAAAAGUGGAUGGUUUGGGAGUGCUGUGAAUUAAUGUUUGAGAGGUCUGGAUUACCUUUCUAAGUAGAAUAUAAUGUUCCCAAUAAUAUCACAGAUGGUGAAAGAAAGUGUGAGGCAGUUUGAGAUAGGUGUGUGUGGGGCACUGCUAAAGAGGACAUACUCCCCUUCCCUCUCUUCCCACAGGGGCUGCUGUUAAGUGUAUCAGCGCAGCCUAAAUGGUUCUGCAUAAAGUAUGGCAGAUGUCCAGGCUUAGCUGUGAAACCACCCUCAAACCCUGAAUCCUAUGUUUGUUUGAUGUUAGUAGAUUGGUAUUAUUAGUAACCCAUUCAAUGACUUUCAAAUGGCACUGCUCACACCAACACAAAUGCAGAGUUCAAUUACAAAGGAUUAGAUGCAGAAUCUGAUUGUCAGUGUAUAUAGUCUAAAUUCCAGAGGAUUCAAAUAAUAAUGUGUUUAAGUGAGAUAUGACAUAUUUGUCUGCAUUGCAUUACUUGAUAUAUAUUAUGUCUUUGUUGCUAGAUCUCAAUGCAGUUGCGUCCCAGCUAACAGUUUUAGGUUAGCAGAAUGUUACUGUAUUUUUCCUGGAACAAUUACAUUUACAGCAUUUCAUAGAUGCUCUUACCCAGAACGACUCAAAGAAGUGCAUUGUAAUCUUUAUCAAAACAUUUCCUCAUACUAGUUUAGUAGGUCAGGGGCUAAGAAUACCAUCAGGCCAAAACCCUAUUGGAGGAGGUUAGUAAAACAUGAAAGAAGACACAGAAGACAAGAGGUACUUUCUUGGAAUAGAAGUGUUAAUUCAUUCAUGUCAAUUUAGCCAACUUUAUAACCAUACCUUUGGUUACACCAACUCAAAUGCUUCAGGAAUCUUUUUAAUUUAGCUGCGAACCUUAUAUGAGCAAUAGUGUAGAACAGUGUGAGCAAAUCUUCACUUCAUGUUUUCAGAACAUUAAAGAAACUAUAUUUUUGUAUCUUUACAGCCUAACCUUCUAAGAACAUGUCAAAUCCAUUUCUAAACCUUCUCUGUAAUCUGGGGUGUGGGCUCAAUUUAUUCUUUUAAGAGUUGAUAUCUUUUUAAGUACUGAUAGUUCUCUCUUUGUAACCAUACAGGCAUAUACAGAAAUUUCUAUUGAUCUUCAGCAGGAAUAAUGUGAAAGUUGCUUUAAUUACUAUGAUAAAAUAUUAAGCUCCAGUAAGACUGCCAACAUAAAUUUAACAAAAUGUGACAAAAAGAUUGUUGUAGCUCAAAUAUUAAUUGUGUGCAUUGCUUUGUCUCAGACAGUUGAUUUGGAUGAUGGUGAUGACUUCCCAGUACCUUCUGUGUUAAGGGUACUUACCCCACUCCAAAGCAGCAAUGUUGCCAUGUGUAAAUGAUGUGGUAGUGACAGACCAUGAGGUUUCCAGGUAAGGAUAAUGGCAAACUCAGGGAAAGUUCUCCACUUGUAUGUGGAGGUGAGAUCUGUGGCUGAUGAAGAGGGAAAAGAGUUGAAAAAUACAGAAGGGACACACUCCCUUGUGGUACAUGGUCCAGACCUUUUCCCCCAGUCUCAGCAUGGAGCCCUGAAUACUCUGCGUGGCUUAGUGCCUCCAGCUGGGGAUCUACGUAAAGUGGGCAGCAGCACACAGGGCCUUUUCACCAGUAAAUCUCCAUCCAGACAUCCAGUCAGCUUACAAAUCCAUCCAGGUGAAGAAGGACAGACACCCUCUCAACAUGGACAAAGUUUGCCUCCUGUUGAGCUAUAUAAAUUACUCUCUGCCCUUCAACCGGAGCUUAAAGGAGGUACAGGUAAUCUGGUGCGAACUCGCUCCACUGAGAGUGAACCAUUCUGUGGGAGGGAGUCUAGAAUUUGUGGACAUUUUACUGCCCCACCUACACCCAGUGGUGCUCGAAAGAGCUAUGGGCAACUGGGCGAAGGAAAACGAUCAAUUGUUACGUACAGCUAUAUUGAGAAAGCUAACAUCAAGUCUGUCGGUGGUCAUCAUAGCAUAGUGUGCCAAAAUGAGCCAGAGAACCCAUUCAGAAAAGCUUUUAAUGAUCAAACGAUCCCGUUCCACUUCAAUGAAAAUUUCAGUGACCCAGCAGGGGUCAACAGGAAGGAAAUCUUUUGUAACUCCAACUCAAAGAAUACCUUAACAGCCUCAGUGAUCAAACCAAAGGAUACCCCCAGUCUCCAGCAUGCCAUGUUAAACUCAAUUGCAAGAAAUGCUACCCAUCAUGCUUUGGAAGAGUUUGGUUCCCCAAAGCUCAGACACCAGCUGGCAACUGCCAACCAUCCUGACAGAAGUUACGCCACUCUGCAUAGAGAACAGUCCCGCUGCCAUUCAUGGUCUGGAUCUCCUGUGGUGCCACGCAUUGCCAGAACUUUGCCUACUAAUGCACAUCUAGCAGCUCACAAGCUCUCUCGUGAUGCUAGACAGCCCUACCAAUGCUCUACCAAUGCCCAAUCUCAAAUAAUUCCAAGCCAGCGAGUGUGGAAGAGUGAUGAGACUCUGAGGCAAGGGUAUAGGCAUAGCCCAAUUUUGCCAUCCAGCAGGCCCACAGCUAUUCAACAUGAAAUUCCAAAUAAGACCAUUACUCAACCACCACACAACCAGACAGCAGGUCAAAAAACAAAUCAAAGUCCCUGGCAAACCAACAAGGUUAAUUUUAGCCUAAGCUCUUCACCAAAUCAGCCAGGUUCCAGAGGCAACAAACUAAGUGGUGAGAAGAGUAUCUUGUCUGCGUCAAGAGCUGAAAUGACCCCUAACCAAGUAGAAGAAGCCACAAAGCUGUUCGUACAUCUGGAAAACAGGCAGUCAUCUUCCCCUACCCCAUCACUAUCAGAUACUGUGAAGUCAGACAGUACAAGGUCAGGACAACAGUCUACAGAAGAGUUUUCCACAAGAACCUCCUCAGAGAACAAUGUCUUUGCCCAGGACCAACACUGGGAGCAGGAUCCUGUUCAGGCAAGGUAUUCUUCAGGUUGGCCCUCCUCACAUUUGUCCUAUAGAGGUAGCAGAUCCCCUGCACUUUGUGCUAGUUUGCACCGAGUUGGUGUAGUGUCUACAUCUGCAAUCCAAGAGCCACAACAAGAGAGAAGAGUAAUUUCAGGGAAGAACAGUCCUGUUUCAUAUCAACACCAACCUCCCCAACAUAAAGGAGACAACAACCUACCGAGGCAAGAAGACAGACACUAUGAUGCAGGGUAUGGCUGUGGUCUUAGAGACAGUCCAGAUAUGAGACUCUGCACACAAUUUAACACUAAUAUACCAGUCAAAUCAACCUUGAGAAAACCAUAUUCAAGAGUUAGGGAGAACACCAAUAAGGAGAACUCAUCUGAAGUUAAAAAUUCAUUAGGCAUGCCCUUAGUUAUGUUGAGCAAAGAGAGAAGAAAUGACUCAACUGUGCCUAGCUCUGAAGAGACCCUUUCUAUGGUGCCAGCACAAAAAGAGAUAAGAGUUGAAGGCCUGACAUAUGGGGAGCAGAGCACUGCUUUGUCCCAAAGUUCCAGUGGAGUUACAGGCAGUCUGGUGGAGGUCAUUCAGCCUGAGAGAGACUCCAUUUCCCCAGUGACAUCCAAUCAGACCAGUUGGAGAAACAUUGGCACAGGGAACACAGCCAUACAAUUGGACAGUGGAUCAUCAUUGCUAGGUCCUUCUUUGCACUGUCAAAAGAUUGCUCGUGCCAAAUGGGAGUUCCUGUUUGGGAAGCCUUUAGAAGACCACCAUGGAGUAACUGUUCCAGUCUCCUCCAUUGCACCCUGCAGUGGCUACUCCAAUGAUUCUCCUCGUGAGUUCACAGCACCAUAUUCCAGUGACAGACCAAUAUCCAAGAUACAGAAUUCUUCCAGCCAUGAUGUUCAACAGGUGGACAUGGAACCAGUCAACCCACCUCUUUCUUCAGCACUGGGCUCAUCCCCUAAGACUGGCAUCAUUAGGCGCACUAUCAAAUACUCAGAAACCGACCUGGAUGCAGUUCCCCUGCGUUGUUAUAGAGAGACAGACAUCGACGAAGUUAUACUAGCUGAGCAGGAGGAAAUGGAUUCGGCAUUCAGUAGCAACCGUAGUGUACUGGAUACCUCUGGCACCAGCAGUGGCAGUCCUUUUGAGCGACUGUUUUGUUCACAGACAAGUGAGGAAGAGGAACAUCUGCAUGACGAAGAGAUGGUGAGCUGGGCCAGUGUGAGGAUGCAUUGUGACAGGAAGAGACAGCAAGCUGUGCAGGAUGGAGAUGAGGUGUUCAGCCGCUUGAUUGAAGGUUCCCAGAACUGCCUAUUGGACAGCCAUACUGCCCUAAAGUCUCCCAUAACAGUGGAAAGUCCUAGCAGGAUCUCCACAGAUGGCCUUGACUCUUUCAGUCGUCACUUUGAGAGCAUUAUGGAAUCUCACCGGGCCAAGGGCACCUCUUACAGCAGCCUGGACAGUGUAGACAUGGCCUCCAGUGGCCCACCCAUCUUUACCUUCGACCUCCCAACAUUGACCCCUGAGAUACAGAACCAGAUCUGUGAGAGUGCCAAGCAAAUCAUAGAUUUGAGCUUUGCUCCCCUGAGACAGCCUAAAGUUCCUAGCCUUUUGACCCCUAGCACUUCUGAGGCAUUGGCUGGAGCAGACCAGAACAUGUCAGAAGAGGAGAGUGAGUUAACAGACAAUGUCCCCACUGAGAACCACAUUUCAUCUGAGUCUAACAUAGCAAUUACGCAAAGGGAACGAGCAUCAGGACUUGUCUUACAAUCUGACCAUGAGGUGGCACAGCGCUUGGCACUGGGCAGCAACGACAACAUUGCCAAUGGUAGCAAGGCUGACCUGCAGGCUGCCAAACUGCUGGCCAAACGCCUCUACAACCUGGACGGCUUCAGGAGGUCCGACAUCGCAAGGCAUCUGAGCAAAAAUAAUGAUUUCAGUAGGAUGGUGGCAGAGGAGUACCUGAGUUAUUUCAACUUCGCAGGCAUGAGUGUGGAUCAGGCUCUGAGAGUUUUUCUGAGAGAGUUUGCUCUUAUGGGUGAGACGCAGGAGAGAGAACGAGUGCUGUCCCAUUUCUCCAGAAGAUACCUCCAGUGCAACCCCAACACUAUACCAAAUGAAGACAGCGUCCACACUCUGACCUGCGCUCUGAUGCUGCUGAACACAGACCUUCAUGGCCAUAAUGUGGGGAAGAGGAUGUCAUGUGUGCAGUUCAUAGGCAACCUGGAGGGGUUAAAUGAUGGGCAGGAUUUCCCCAAAGAUCUGCUCAAGGCACUCUAUAACUCCAUCAAGAAUGAGAAGCUGCAGUGGACAAUUGAUGAAGAGGAAGUGCGUAAGUCUGUGUCGGAGCUGGCUGAUAGCAGGACAGACUCUGCGUCCCACACUCUGAAGAGGAUUACUAGUGGCGGGGCUCCUCUAGUGUCUCUGGCUCAGCAGUCCAACGCUCAGGUCUACAAGAAAGGCUUCCUCGUACGCAAAGUUCACGCCGACCCCGAUGGCAAGAGGACGCCUCGAGGUAAGAGAGGAUGGAAGACAUUUUAUGCCAUCUUGAAAGGACUGGUCCUUUAUUUGCAAAAGAGUGAAUAUGGCACUCAUAAGCAGCUGUCUGAUGAGGAUCUGAAGAACGCUGUGUCCAUCCACCACUCUCUAGCUAUGAAGGCAGCAGACUACAGCAAGAGACCCAACGUGUUUUACCUGCGCACUGCUGACUGGAGGGUCUUCCUCUUCCAGGCCCCCAAUGCGGAGCAGAUGCAGUCCUGGAUCACGCGCAUCAACACAGUGGCAGCCAUGUUCUCCGCCCCUCCCUUCCCAGCAGCCAUCGGCUCACAGAAGAAGUUUAGCCGGCCUCUUCUACCGGGCUCCGCCACCAAACUGUCCCAGGAGGAGCAGGCGAAAUCUCAUGAAAUGCGCUUCAGAUCCGUCUCCUCUGAGCUGCAGGAGCUGCGUUCUGUUCCUCAGGAGCGCAAGCCCAAAGGGAAGGAGCAAGAAGAGGCCAAGCAGCGGGAGGAGUACCUGGAGUUUGAGAAAACUCGCUAUGGGACGUACGCCAUGUUACUGAGAGCGAAGAUUCGCAUGGGUGAGUCAGAUCUGACGGCGUUCGAGACCCGUUUGUUUGCUGAUGGCACUCUGCAGCGGACCAGCUCCAGCCCCACGCUGGCACAUGACACCAGCCACGCCAGCGCCAGCAGCUGCAGUUCCAGAAGUAAGAAGAGCAGCCGAAGUGAGAGCCAGAGACACAAGCCAGCCGUGAAACAGUGAGUCCACUAUCCAGGGCACUUGAUAGCUGCUUUAUGGUGCUCCUGAUCCAGAUUGAAGGGCUGAGAAGAGCAUCGAUAUGAGGAAAAAAUGGCAGUUUGUGCACUACACUGCAGUGGUCGCACACGUCGUGCACUCAGCUCGAGCAGUGCUGGAGGAUGUGAUCGUAAGCGAAGAUCGAAGCUGGGUAUGAUUAGUCACCUCGCUUCCUCAUGAAAGCAUGUUUUUGUGGCCAGAGAAUGCAAAACAGGCCUACAGAGAGCAGAGGAGUGUGAAUAUAGCCAUCCUCCCUUUAUCUUUAUUACCUUUUUAGCCCGGCUUUAUACUUCUCUUAGCUUAACCUAUAUGCUGUAUAGAAGGCAUAGGCUACUUAAAGCUUUUUGUGCAUCUUUUUGGUAUCUUUUUUUUUUUUUCGCCCAAACAACAUGCCCACACAAGCCAAGUUCAAGUCUAUCCACCACAAUGGAAAUUUAUUUUCUCACCCAGUGUUCUAAGCCAGAGACAAAAAAUCUGAGCCUCUUUGCUACCUUACGUGGUAGCACCUGCAUUAUCACAUGGGAGGUAAUUUCCUUUUUUGAUUAUUAGAAGAAAAUUUUUUUUCUUUUCCUUUUUUUCUUGCUUGAACAUAUCUUUGGAUAGGAUAGUAUAUGUGUAUAGAUCUUUUGAAAUCAAGUUCUGAGCAUGCUUGUGAUGUAAAGACAAUCAGUUUGUAAAGACCCUCUUUGCAUUUCCAGUAUAUGUAUUGUAUGUUUUGUAUUUUUUUUUUUAAAACCUGAAAGCACACUACAGCUGGCAAAAAUUCAUAGUCUAGAGCCAUGCUUCUCAAAGUGGGGUUUGGGAACCCCCGGGGUCCAAGAAGUAUAUUAGCUUGUCUGACUGGCCACUUGAAUUGAAUGAUUAUAAUCCAAACCUCAGUAACUCAAAAACAGGCAGGCUUCUGAAUAAUGUCAGCUUGAACCUAAUGACACAUUGACAUUAUUUAAAAAAAUAAAUAAAUAAAUAAAAAGGAAAUUUAACAAAAAUAUGUUCUGACAGAGGAAAGGAAUAAAAAAGCUCUGUGGCCCCAAUAAAUAGUCAAAAUGCAGUAUAUUAUGUUGGAUAUUUAUAAAAUAAAUAUACGCUGAGAGAUGCAGUUUUUUUUAUUCACAGUUAAAGGAGAUGCAAAAUAUUUCAGAACCCCAGGUUUUGAGGAAGGUGUGUCGUGUGCUCAUAGCAGGUGACACCAGCAAUGUUCUGCGUUAGUGUUUAUGUGAGAAUUGUGCACUGUGUAUGCUGACUGUGAAUGUGGAUGACUGAUAAACACAGAAUAGAUCAUGAAAAAAUGAAUAUGUUUUUACUGAUGACCUUAUUGUGUGGCAAAGACAUUUCCUUCUCAGGCUCCCAUUUCAAGUACUGCAGUGAUGCCACAUUUCUGCUGCCAGAAGGGGGCAGUAGAGGAGAGACAACCUGUAUUACCUCAGCUGGAUUGGAGGACAAUUAUUUAUAUUGAGCUUGAAGGAAUAAUAGCACAGCUAUUGAGGCAGACACUUAUGUGACUGAAUGUCUGUGAAGUAUUUCUUAAUGAUGUGCUUUCAUCAUAGCAGGAACUAAAGAAUCCGAUAUAUUGUAAAAAUCUGUUACCAGGUAGGUCACAAAGAGCUAAAAUGACUGUUAGAGUUACAAUCUUAUGAAUGAGAAAACACAUAUACAGGCGGUGGACGAAUUAAAGGAAAAAACAGUGGCUCUGUGAUGCUGUAGACAUUUUGCUGGCAUGGUUUGGGUCCGCAUGUGCCCUUCAAGCAAAAAGUCACCUCAGAUCAUUACAAAGUUCUUCUGGCUGAUCACUUUUAUCCAAUGAUGAAUCAUUUCUCUCCUGAUGGAAGUGGUCACCCCACCCACAGGGCACAAUGGCUCACUGAAUGGUUUGAUGAGGAUGAAAAUGAUGUAAAUUGUACUCUGUGUAAACUAUGGCCUUCACACUAACCAGAUCUCAACCCAACUGAACACCUACAGUAUGUGAGAAUUUGGGACAACGUGUUAUACAGCUAUGAUAUAUCUUGGAAGAAUGGUUUUCAUCCCUCCAGUACAGUUCCAGAGACCUGUAGAAUGUGUGCCAAGGUACACUGAAGCUGUUUAGGCAGCUCAUGGUGGCCCAGCACCUCACUAAAACACUUUAUGUUGUUUCUUCCUUUAAUUUGUCACCCGCAAUAUUAAUUCUGACUUUAUACACAUCAAACAUAAGACCUAAAUCACCACCUAUAGCACUUAAAUCGUGAUGCCCCACUGCACUUUGGGUAGUUUGUGCAGGCUUAAUUGAAUGACAUUAGAUUUAUUUAUAUAUUGUUGAGAUUUAUAAUUCAUGUAUUGUUGAGUGUGUUUAUGAUAAAAUGUUUUGACUUAAAAGUUUUACAGUGUUUUUACAGGAAACACUGAGCAGUCCAGUUACACCACAGUGGUCUACUGUAUGUUUUAAUACUGUAACUUUUUUUGUUAGUUCAGUGUUUGCUUGUAAUUUUACAUACUGUAUUAUGUUUCAGCUGCUCAGUAAUAAAACUAUUAUGCUCUAUUAUUUGUAUGUUUUGGAGGCAUAGAUCUAAUAAACCCAUUAUCUGCCAAAUAUUCAAUAAUAAGUUAAGAUUUAAAGGCUGAGUGAGUCCUUAAUCCCAAAUAAAGGUAAGCAUUCAUUCAACUUCA